CCCCCCCGCCGCUUGCACUCUGUCUCUCUCUCUCCCUCUCAAAAAUAAACAUUAAAAAUUUUCAAAAAAACAAAUUUUCCUAGUUAUGACAGCUACUUUAGGUUUUCAUACACAAUACUUUUUUUCAUGAUGAAAAAUCUACCCAAUAUGGAAACAAAACCCCAACACUACAAAAGUUUUGCAGUAAAAACCCAGUCUUCCUUUUUUUGUAGACCUUGCCCCGAUCUCCGGAUGUAACUGCCAUCAGUGGUUUUUCUAUAUAGCCUCAAAAGGAAUUUUCGAUGCAUUUUUACACAGUUGUAUUGAAAUGGGAUCCUUCUAUACACAGUGAAUCUAAUUUAGAAACUAAACUUGAAAGAAUGGUUUGAACAUCUAUGUUCUUUUUUGUUUGCUGACUUUCUAUAACCCAUUUCCUCCGGUCUUGAGCUUUUAUGCAUGCUUCACUGCUGGGUCAUUAUAAUCCAUCUUCAAGAUACAAUUUCAAGAAAGGGACAUAGAAUUUACACCACGAACCUCUGUAUAUGUGAGUGUGUGUUUUCUAUGAAUAACUAGGGCAAGUAGUUACAUAUCCGAUUUUUGGGUACCCAGCCCGCACCCCUCAAAACUGAACACAGAACUUUCGGCAGCAUGGCGGACUAGUAGAUCAUCGGAGCCCCCCCGCCUGGUGCAGAACAACAGAUUUUGCAUGAUUCUCAAGUUUUUGCAUCGCUGGACUCAUAGACAGUAAGGAAAACAACAAAGUGCCUGAAAAACAAAACCAAAUGAAAAAUAAGCACAACCCUGAAUGGUGACAGCUAAGCACCGGGCAGGAGGGUUUUCUCUGAGAACAAGUGCAGAGCAGGGUGGGGACAGGGCGUUGAAAGGGACAUCGCAGCUUAAGCCCUGACCUAUGAAAGGAGCCCUGGUGGUCCUGGGUCAGUGACACCUCCUAGAUGUAUUUCCAAAGAAGCAGGUACCCACCCUCUCUAGAGGAAAGAAAAUCUCCCCAAUUUUCACUCUCCAUUUUCUAAAGGCGAAGACCAACCAGAAACUAAACUAAAACUAAAAAAGGACACAGCCCCCAAAUGACAGGCAGUAGAAACAAUACUUGGAUUCAGAGCCUGAAGGACUUCAGCCCAAGCCCCACUCUGGAAGAAGUCAGCGCCUGGGCUCAGUCGUUCGACAAGGUAAUGCUUACCCCGGCGGGAAGGAAUGCCUUCCGGGAGUUCCUCCGAACAGAAUUCAGUGAAGAAAAUAUGCUUUUCUGGAUGGCGUGUGAGGAGCUGAAAAAGGAAGCUAAUAAGACCGUUAUCGAAGAGAAAGCAAGGACAAUCUACGAAGACUACAUUUCCAUUCUUUCUCCGAAAGAGGUCAGCUUGGACUCCCGCGUAAGAGAAGUCAUCAACAGGAACAUGGGAGAGCCCUCCCAACACAUAUUCGAUGACGCCCAACUUCAGAUCUACACCUUAAUGCACAGAGACUCGUAUCCCCGGUUCAUGAACUCUGCCCUCUAUAAAGAUUUGCUUCAGUCCUUAUCGGAGAAAUCAGUCGAAGCAUAGGAUGUUAUCAAAUGUAUUUAUUAUUAAUAAAAUAGUAAAAGAACUCAUGGACUAUGUCUAGUACAGGGAACUUAGAGACAGUAGUAUCUUCUUGCUAGAGUCAUCCGCGGGCUAUUUUAAUAACAGAUGCUUCCUUCUACAGAAGGCUAUGUAUUCAGAAUGUCAGUUGCAGCCACCGUUAGUGACACUUUUGGAAAACGACGGGUACGGCCGCCUUAGAAAAAGAUAGUAUGUUUACAUUCACAGUAACAGUCGCAUGUCGCGAAUGGCGAAGGAUAUACUAGAAGACUAUACUGCCUGGGGCAUGUACGUCCACUGGAGCAAACAGGACUGCUUUCGUUUUGUCUGAGUUCAGUAUCUGAUGACUUUCCUCCCAAAGAAAAGGCAUUCAAGUGUUUCUUAGCUACUCCUUCCUUCCGUCGGGCUGUCUUGAAUGUUUUGCUUAUCAGUGCCAUUAUCAGACCCCAGUUCCCAUCUGACCAAGAUGUGUCACCACUACUCAUAAGGACGGUAUGGCGCUCUCAGAAGACGCGUAUGCAGAUACAUAUAGGUGCAUGUGUAUCUAUACCAGUUAAUGUAAGGAACUGUGCUCUUAGGUGGGUCGGUCUCCUGUUCCGUAAGGGAAGUAGUGUUUAGAAAAUUUUUGUUGACAAGUCACUGUUUUAUCAUCGCAAUCUGCCAGCCUAAAGAAUGGACUUUUAACUCACAGCUUAGUCGCGUUCGUAACAAAACUUUCAAAUAAGCAUAUUUCCGUUUUUAUUAUUCGAAGAAAUAUGGGCAUUUUCACUCUAAAAAAAUAAAGCACAAGAGUUUUAUCUCUU